CGGCUGGGCUCAGCGGAGCCGCAGCCUUGGCGAGCUACCGGUGCUGGGCACCGCGGCGCUGGGGGCCGCCCUGCCGCUCUGCGGGCCAGUGCACAGGCGCGUCUGGGAUCUGGGCCCGCGAGGCGCCGCCCUCCGCCCGCCACGCUCUCUGCCCCACGCCGCCCAGAGGCAGCGAACCGGAGGGCGCGCUAUAGAGUUGGGCGCCGCGCAGAGCUGGGCUCUGGGGCCCAUGCCCCUGCGCCCCCGCGGGCCCGCGCUAUGGCCUCCGGGAGCGUGGCCGAGUGCUUACAGCAGGAGACCACCUGCCCCGUGUGCCUGCAGUACUUCGCCGAGCCCAUGAUGCUCGACUGCGGCCACAACAUCUGUUGCGCGUGCCUCACCCGCUGCUGGGGCGCGGCGGAGAUCAACGUGUCGUGCCCGCAGUGCCGGGAGACCUUCCCGCAGCGGCACAUGCGGCCCAACCGGCACCUGGCCAACGUGACCCAGCUGGUGAAGCAGUUGCGCACCGAGCGGCCGUCGGGGCCCGGAGGCGAGAUGGGCGUGUGCGAGAAACACCGCGAGCCCCUGAAGCUGUACUGCGAGGAGGACCAGAUGCCCAUCUGCGUGGUGUGCGACCGCUCCCGUGAGCACCGCGGCCACAGUGUGCUGCCGUUGGAGGAGGCGGUGGAGGGCUUCAAGGAGCAAAUCCAGAACCAGCUGGACCACCUAAAAAGAGUGAAAGACUUAAAGAAGAGGCGUCGGGCACAGGGGGAGCAGGCACGAGCUGAGCUCUUGAGCCUGACCCAGAUGGAGAGGGAGAAGAUCAUCUGGGAGUUUGAGCAGCUGUAUCACUCCUUGAAGGAGCAUGAGUACCGCCUCCUUGCCCGCCUGGAAGAGCUAGACUUGGCCAUCUACAACAGCAUCAAUGGUGCCAUCACCCAGUUCUCCUGCAACAUCUCGCACCUCAGCAGCCUGAUCGCGCAGUUGGAGGAGAAGCAGCAGCAGCCCACAAGGGAGCUCCUCCAGGACAUUGGGGAUACAUUGAGCAGAGCUGAAAGAAUCAGGAUCCCUGAACCUUGGAUCACACCUCCAGAUCUGCAAGAGAAAAUACAUAUUUUUGCCCAAAAAUGUCUGUUCAUGACCGAGAGUCUGAAGCAGUUUACAGAAAAAAUGCAGUCAGAUAUGGAGAAAAUCCAAGAAUUAAGAGAGGCUCAGUUAUACUCAGUGGAUGUGACUCUAGACCCGGACACAGCCUACCCCAGCCUGAUCCUCUCCGAUAACCUGCGGCAAGUGCGGUACAGUUACCUCCAGCAGGACCUGCCCGACAACCCUGAGCGGUUCAAUCUGUUUCCCUGUGUCUUGGGCUCUCCAUGCUUCAUCGCUGGGAGACAUUAUUGGGAGGUAGAGGUGGGAGACAAAGCCAAGUGGACCAUAGGUGUCUGUGAAGACUCAGUGUGCAGAAAAGGAGGAGUAACCUCGGCCCCCCAGAAUGGAUUCUGGGCAGUGUCCUUGUGGUAUGGGAAAGAAUACUGGGCUCUUACCUCCCCAAUGACUGCCCUCCCCCUGCGGACCCCUUUGCAGCGGGUGGGGAUUUUCUUGGACUAUGAUGCUGGCGAGGUCUCCUUCUACAAUGUGACAGAGAGGUGUCACACCUUUACUUUCUCUCAUGCUACCUUCUGUGGGCCUGUCCGGCCCUACUUCAGUCUGAGUUACUCGGGAGGGAAGAGCGCAGCUCCUCUCAUCAUCUGCCCCAUGAGUGGGAUUGAUGGGUUUUCUGGCCACGUUGGGAAUCAUGGUCAUUCCAUGGAGACCUCCCCUUGAGGUGAACACAGGCCAGAAUGGCUGCUGGCCAUAGUCCUAACCCAGGCAUAAGGCAUCUUGUUGCCUUGCCACUUCCUGUCCAUUAUAGCUGGAUGUCCUUACCACUCUCCAUGCCCCAGCAGUGGGAGAUGGGACGUCCCUGUUCUCUCUGUCAUCCUCUCCUUUCCUGUGAAAAUUAUGAGAUGUAUGAGAAGCAUCAAGAUUGUUCAGAAAUAAAAACCAGAUGUCCAUCUCUAGUGUAUCACAUUUUUUAGUUGUGUACAUUACUGGAGGGGAUAAAGAAUAUGGAUAAUUGGAUUUGGAAGGCCAUUCAGAUACUUAAUCCCUUGGCUCAGCCUGGCUUCCUCUGAUUCAGUCCCCCAGCGAUCGUGGGUAUUUGCUGUCAUUUCUGGAUUGGUGCUCCUUUCUAAGGACCUAACGUGGAACUACAAAGCCCUGUCAGCACAGCCCCCUUUAUCUCAGUUUUUCUUUCUGGGAGAGGUUCCUCUAUUCCUGAUUCACAAUCUCCAUGAAAGAGGCCUAUAUGUGUUUUGAUUCAUUAACAAUUAUUUUACAAUAAUGGUGGGAAAUGGCCCCACCUCUGUUAUGAUACAAUGUUCUAGUCAAUUUGCUCUUUGCCUGUAUCUUUUCUGAGGGCUUUGUCUGUUCACUUCAUUCUAAUGAAAAGUGUAUCCUGGUGCUGGAUGGACAUCGCCCAGGAUAAUUUUCUGCCUGACACCAUCCAUUGUUUCUAGAUCCCCUCCCAGUCACAUUUGUGUUUUAGUGGUGAGUCAUAUAUCAUCCCUGGAAGGAUUUUGGGGCAGUAUUCUAGGGAUUCA